AUGGAGAAAAUGUUCCAUCGCCAGAACAUGGGGUUACCAGGCCGGUUUACCUUUACCGGUGGAAAAAUCAUGUCGCUGGAUCCUGCCCCGUUAGAUCUGCCCGAGGACGUGUCCAUCCGCCAUACCACAUUUGGACCCAUCGUCCACUUUGGGGUGUUUUCCCAGCGACCUUUGGAGAUGGGGAAAACCUUCGGACCAUUCAAAGGCAAAAUCGUGAAUACCAGUGAGAUUAAAGCCUUUGAUGACAACUCGUAUAUGUGGGAGGUUUUUAAAGAAGGUCGCCUUAGUCACUUUAUAGACGGACGAGGUUCGGGGGGUAACUGGAUGUCAUUCGUAAACUGCGCCCGUCACAUCGGAGAGCAGAAUCUGGUAGUCGUACAGCAGGACGGACAGCUCUUCUACGAGGUGUGUAAAGACGUCACGGAAGGAACGGAACUGCUGGUCUGGUACGGCGAUGCCUACCUGCAGUUCCUUGGCAUCCCGGUCACUCUCCGGGACACGACGAUUCCGCCAACGAUAGAGACCGGAGAAGAGGAGAGUAAAGAGGGCUUUCAAUGUGCCCGCUGCGGUAAGGUGUUCGCUUACGAAUAUUACAGAGAUAAGCAUUUAAAAUACACAAAAUGUGUGGACCAAGGUGACAGGAAGUUUCCAUGUCAUUUGUGCAAAAGGUCAUUUGAAAAACGAGACCGGUUACGCAUUCAUAUUCUACAUGUGCAUGAAAAGCAUCGACCUCACAAAUGUUGUGUGUGUGGCAAGAGUUUCAGCCAGUCGUCAAGCCUCAACAAGCACAUGCGGGUUCACAGCGGAGAACGGCCGUACAAGUGUGUAUACUGCAGUAAGGCAUUCACCGCCUCCAGCAUCCUACGGACCCACAUCCGCCAGCAUUCCGGCGAAAAACCAUUUAAGUGCAAAUUCUGUGGAAAGGCUUUUGCCUCACAUGCAGCACAUGACAGUCACGUGAGGCGGACGCACGUGCGAGAUAAGGCCUUCUCUUGUAAAGUAUGCGACCUUGACCUUCCCACCCAAGCUGACUGGAAAUUGCACCAAAGGAAACAUGCCGAGCAGACAUCAGGUGAAGGAAGAUUUAUUCACGGUGACGUCACACCAGAGUUCAAUACAAAUCUGGGCGAAGCCAUGUUUAGACCGGAAGACUGCAUUCCGCCAUAUUGA